AUGGAGAAUAUAUCAACAACCCGAGCAAUGAGCAGACAACAGCCAAAGACCACCAAUGAUUCUCCAACUCAGGGAGAAAAUCCCGAAUCUGGAGAACUUCCCGCUAGUAUACAGAUAAGACGGUGUCUGAAGACACAUUAUACACAACUCAUUAAUCGAAUUGAUCCUUUACCAAUUGCUCAAAUUCUAGAAACGAAAAAGUUAAUUACUUCUGUGGAUAUGGAAGUAAUUACAAAGGCUGUGAAAAGAACAAAACGAAAUCACAUUCUCCUAACGAAAAUCUGGAAUGGUAAUGAACAGAUAUAUCACGAAUUCACACUAGCUUUGGGAAAUGUUUCGUCAAUGACCGACUUAGCAAAACAGAUGGAAUCCCUAGGAUGUAUCGCCAAUACAGAAGUGGAUGAUAUUGAUGAUCUGGAAGAAAAAGAGAACGAUAAAAUUCCGCAAUAUCUUAAAGAUACACACAAAAAGCAUAUUGAUGAAUGGGUUAAGGAUGACAAAAAAUUCGUCGAAACAGCAAUGUCAACUAAUAUAGCAAAAGAAUUAAGUAACUCAAACAUUAUCUGUGUCGUUGGUAGCACAGGGCAUGGCAAAACAUCUAUAAUAAGACAUGUUGCACUGACACUGUCAAGCAGUUAUGGAUAUGAUAUCAUACCAGAUGUAGGAAAUCCGAAUAUCAUAACAAAAUUUUAUCAGCCAGGAUGGAGACAAAUUUUUGUAGUGGACAAUAUCGGAGGGAGGGAUCAUAUUAACUUGGAAUCUGUUGAAGCAUGGGUUAAAAACUUGCAGACUAUAAAAAGGUUGGUCGAUGAAGGGUCAAAUUGUCCUGGCAAUGAUUCAGGUCAGCAAAUUAAAAGUAUGUUGAAAGUUUUGAUAUCAUGCGAAAAAGAAAUAUUUUAUAACACUAAAUUUAAGGACAAUAAAGUUCUCAAAGAAAACAUUAUUUUCCUAUCAAAUUGGGAAUUUACUAAUGAAGAAAGAAUGAAUAUUAUACGAAAAUAUUCUGGAAUAGGAGAUAUGUCUACAUGCAAAAAUUGUGCAGAUUUACAAUUUCCUUUAUUAAGUCGUCUAACUGUUGGCAUGUCAAAAUCACAAUUCAAGUUGUUUUUCAAAAACCCGCUUGAACACAUUAGAAAUGAAUUUGAAAUUAUGCAACAAACUGAUAAACAGAAACUUUUUCUGAUUACGUUGUGUGUAGUUUUCAAAAAUGGAUUCACAGAAGACCAAUUACGUCAAAUUAUUGAAGGAAAUGCAGAAGAAAAAAUUAACGAUUUGCGUAAAGAAUUCAAUUUUGAUUCUAACAAAGUGAAAGCAUGUUCUCGUAUAAUUGAAAAACUCAAUGUGCUAAGACAAACAUAUAUACUUUACGAGAAUGACCGAUACAGCUUAAUCCAUAAUACAAUCUAUGCCAUGGCCGCUAAAGUAUGCGGAUCUAGAUACUUUGAUUUCUUUAUUUCGUAUGGAUCAUGCGAAUUCAUUGCUCAAAGAUAUAAAUUAAAGUCAGUUACUUGGGAUGUAGAUCUUAUUCCUAUCGAGAAGGAAAAAAAAUAUUUUAACAGAUUGAUAAAAGACCUACAAAAUGGAAAUACAUGCAGUACAUUUCAGAAUAAACAGCUAGAUAAUCCUGAUUACAGGGAAAAAAUGAUCAAAUACUUUAAAGAAUGGGAGUUAAAGAUGAAAGAGAUUCUCCCGAAAAUCAAUGCAUCAACGCAAACUAGAAAUGAAAUGAGAGAUUCGAGUACAUUCCAAAAUAAAUCCGGCUGUGUUGACAAUCUCAGUCCUCUUAUGCAAUCUGCCCGUAAAGGUUAUAAAGACAUUGUUAGUAUGCUAUUACAAAUGGGAUGUGAGAUAAAUGAUACAGACAUUAAAAAACGGUCACCAUUAUAUAUGGCCGCUUCAUGUGGGCGGCAAGAAGUUGUUGAAGUUUUGUUAGAGAACAAAGCCGAUAUUACUUUAUGUGAUGAUUACGGAAAAUCUCCACUUUAUGCUGCUUCUAGAGAAGGGCAUGCCAAGAUAAUUGAACUUCUGAUUAACAAAUCAGACAUAGAUAAAUGUGACAACAACGGACGUUCUCCGUUGUACGUAGCUUGUGAAGCAGGUCAUAAACAAGUCGUUGAAUUAUUAGUUAGGGCAAAUGCAACAUUUUCGAAUUCCGAUCAUACAGGCGCGUCUCCUCUUUAUGUUGCCACACAACGUUGUAAAAAAGAAGUUGUUGAAUAUUUGAUAAAUUCAGAUGCGAAAGUAAAUCAUUGUGAUCACGACGGACGAUCACCAUUGUUUAUUGCAUGUGAAGAAGGAUAUAUAGACCUGGUAGAAAUUCUCCUUGACUACCAAGCUGAUCCAUCAUCUUGUGAUUUACAUGAUAGAUCACCCCUGAUACGAGUAUUUGAAUUAUCAGACAGACAGACAGACAGACAAGACAACCAAACUAGACCACCAAUCAGACAGACAGACAAGACCAUCAGACAGACAUAUACAAGACCAGACAGACAGUUAGACAGACAGACAGACAGACAGACAGAUAGACAGACAGACAGAAAUACAGGACCACCCGACAGACAGACAAACAAAUAUAAUAAAGUCUCCUACAGCUCCACUUCACAGGUCAGGAACUUGUAUAAGCAGUUAACACUAGAUGAAUAA